UUUAUUUGCAUUUGCAAUCAGAAAUUGACUAGUGAGCUCAAACGGAAUUAUAUAAAACAUCCUUCCUCGACCUCCCCGAUCCAAGAUAUUCCCGCCAUCACUAUCGCCAUAAUCGUCAUCGACUCUCCGACACAUAAUAGCCACAAGCAGCCUCCACCAAACAACCAACACUCGCGACCCUCUCGCAGAACCACUGCUUAUCUUUUCGAUACCAUCAAUCGUUCUCGCGAUGUUCGCCAAGUCUUUCAUCGUCGCCGCGGCGAUGAUUGUGCCUGCGAUCCUGGCUUGCCCGCAGCACAAUAACUGGGAGCAUGCACCCCACUACAAACGCGAGACCAACAACACUGCCAAUAAUAAUGCCGUCAACAAGACCGCUCCCGUCCGGGAUUGGGCCUACGAGGCCUCCUACAACUGGGGUCGCGUGAAUCCAGCCUAUGACCUCUGCCAGUCCGGCACCCAGCAAUCCCCCAUCGCCCUCUCGCUCAGUAACGGCCUCUCUCUCAGCCACAUCCCGCGCUUCAACUAUUCCGGCUCCUACCAAGGCUCCUUCUACAACUGGAACUACGGUCCAGCCUUCACCGUCGCCCACGACGGCGACUGGACCAAGCACCCCAGCUUCACCUAUGACAACCAAACCCUCUACCUCGGCGGCUGGCACAUCCACGCACCCGCCGACCACUCCGUCGGCGGCGACCGCAGCAAGGCUGAGCUACACUUUGUCCACUACGACAACCGCGGCAUCGAGCGCGCCGUGCUGGCCUUCCGCCUCGAUCCGGGCAACCGGAACGCGACCUUCUUCGAUCAGCUCCCCAGUAUGAUCGGCUUCCGCGAGACCAGCAUGCGUCGGAACAUCAGCCUCGAUCUGGGCCUCGCUCUCGACGCCGUUCAACACUUCAACGAGUUCUGGACUUACCAGGGUAGUCUCACCAGCCCGCCGUGUACUGAGGGCAUCCGCUGGUUCGUCGCCCGCCAGAUUAUGUUCACCGGCGUCGAGCAGAUGCGCGCGAUUCUCUCCGCUAGCACUUAUUCUGCUCGUGCUGAGCAGGAGGUCUGGCAGCAUCGCAUCAACGAGUAAACAUCAGUCACCUUUAUUGGUCGACCCUUUGUUGUUGUUGUUGUUGUUGUUGUUGUUGUUGUUGUUUUGCUCCUCCUGCUGUCAUCACCAGAAUUGUGCAAAAGCCAGAGCUUGUUGUUCAGCUACCGUCGAGGAGAAAGCG